GUCACCGCUGGCAGUGGUUCCCAGGCUUAGGCCUCCGGUGGGCGAAGAUUCUUGGGCUUGCGGGGCUGCAGGCCGUCCGUCCGGGCCGACACCCAGCGGGCGCGGGGCUGUGUGGGCCGGGCGGAGGCUCGAGCAGAGACCUCCGAGCGGGAGCCCGAGAGCCCGCGGGCUGGGCCGGAGGGGCCGGGCGGCGGCGGCGGCGGCGGCGCAGGGCGGCAGGUUCGGACCCGGCUCGUCUGCACCCGCGGCGGCCCGGCCGAGGCCCGCGGGACGGCGAGACCCUGGGAGGCCGAUUUGGGCCCCAGGAGGGUCGUCGGCCCUAAGUGAGCUUGUCCCGGAGGCCCAGAGAGCCGGCCCCUGGGGAACGGCGGCCGCGGGAGGUGCAGGAGGAGCAGCGCCCGCACCGCACCCCUCGGAAAUCUCAGGGUAGCUCAGCGGGUCCCGACCAGGUUCACUGUUAGCAGUCUGUACGUUUUUCCAAGAGCAGUAGAAAAUGAAUGAAUCCCAGGGGCCAGUGUCGUUCAGGGACGUGGCCGUGGACUUCACUCAGGAGGAGUGGCAGCAGCUGGAACCUGAGGAGAAGACCACCUACCGGGACGUGAUGCUGGAGAACUACAGCCACCUGGUCUCCGUGGGGUACGACAGCACCAAACCAAAAGUGAUCCUCAAGCUGGAGCAGGGAGAGGAGCCCUGGGUAGCGGAAGGGGAACUGCCGUGUCGGAGUCAUCCAGAAGUCUGGAAAGUUGAUGACCUGAUAGAGGGAAUCCCCGAAAAUGGAGAUGGACUUUCAAGGCAAGCUGUUUCUACCAACAGCAAAACCCCAAAUGAGGAGAGAGAGGAUGCAUUUGAUACGAUGUGCAAUGUGGAAACAAGCCUGGUUCCUUCAGGUGUCCUUUCUCACACUUGUGUCUCAUGUGGGAAGAAUUUAGAAUCCACCUCGGAAUUAAUCAUCAGUGAUGGCAGCUACGCAAGAAAAAAACCCAGCGAGUGUAGUGAGUGCGGGAAGACGGACCAUGGAGACAGAUCCUAUGAGUGCAACCAGAAUGGGGAAGGCUAUUCUCAAAAUGCAGCAGGUAUUCUUCAGAGCGUUAAUGUUUUGGAGAAACCCUUUGAAUACAAUGAAUGCAUGGAAGCUUUAGACAACGAAGCUGUUUUCCUUACUCAUAAGAGAGAUUACAUGGGGGAGAAGCCCUACGAGUGGAGGGAUUCCAGGUCAGACUUCAUUCAGAUGUCGAAUUUUAACGUUUACCAGAGAUCCCAGAUGGAAUUGAAGCCCUUUGAGUGCAGCGAGUGUGGGAAAUCCUUCUGUAAAAAGUCAAAGUUAAUCAUACAUCAGAGGGCCCACACGGGAGAGAAGCCUUAUGAAUGUAACGUAUGUGGGAAAUCCUUCAGCCAAAAGGGCACCCUCACCGUCCAUCGAAGGUCCCACUUGGAGGAGAAGCCCUAUAAAUGCAAUGAGUGUGGGAAAACCUUUUGUCAGAAGCUACAUCUCACCCAACACCUGAGGACUCAUUCAGGCGAGAAGCCCUAUGAAUGUAAUGAAUGUGGGAAAACCUUCUGCCAAAAGACCCAUCUGACCCUGCACCAGAGGAACCAUUCAGGAGAGAGACCCUACCCCUGUAACGAAUGUGGGAAAUCCUUCUCUCGCAAAUCUGCCCUCAGUGACCACCAGAGAACGCACACGGGAGAGAAACUUUACAAAUGUAAUGACUGUGGCAAGUCCUACUACCGAAAAUCGACACUCAUUACCCAUCAGAGGACACACACGGGGGAGAAACCCUAUCAGUGCAGUGAGUGUGGAAAGUUCUUCUCUCGGGUGUCAUACCUUACCAUCCAUUAUAGAAGUCACUUAGAAGAGAAACCCUAUGAAUGUAACGAGUGUGGCAAAACUUUCAAUUUAAAUUCGGCCUUCAUCAGACAUCGGAAGGUACACACAGAUGAGAAAGCCCACGAAUGUAGUGAAUGCGGAAAGUUCUCUCAGUUCUCCUAUCUCCCCGACCAUCCUCCGGCUCCUUUAGGAGAGAAGCCUUAUGAAUGUAACGAAUGUGGGAAAAUCUUCCUUGAUGGUUCAGCCUUCAGCGGGCACCAGUCACUUCCGAAAGGGGAGAAAUCCUAUGAAUGUAACAUAUGUGGGAAACUGUUCUCUGAGUUGUCCUACUACACUAUACAUUAUAGAAGUCAUUCGGAAGAGAAACCCUAUGGUUGUAGCGAAUGUGGGAAAACCUUCUCCCAUAACUCCUCCCUCUUUAGACAUCAAAGAGUGCACACAGGCGAGAAGCCCUAUGAGUGUUACGAAUGUGGGAAGUUCUUCUCCCAGAAGUCUUAUCUCACUAUCCACCAUCGGAUCCACUCGGGAGAGAAGCCCUAUGAAUGUAGCAAAUGUGGGAAAGUCUUCUCUCGGAUGUCGAACCUCACUGUACACUAUAGAAGCCAUUCGGGAGAGAAGCCCUACGAAUGUAAUGAAUGUGGAAAAGUCUUUUCUCAGAAGUCCUACCUCACCGUGCACUACAGGACUCAUUCCGGAGAGAAACCCUACGAAUGUAACGAGUGUGGGAAAAAAUUCCACCACAGGUCAGCCUUCAAUAGCCAUCAGCGAAUUCACAGGAGAGGGAGUGUGAACGUACUGGCUGUGGGUGACUUCCUGUGAAGUCAGAGCUCUCUGAGUAUAACGAGGCCCAACAGGGAGUCCAAGAUUGGUGUCUGAGAGUUCGUGCUUCCGAACAGGGAAAAUUCUUUGGGCAUUGGAUUCCUCUUCGUCUGGCAUUUUUCACAGAGGAGAAUCCCUAAGGAUGCAAGGAGAAACGAAGCCUUCAAAACAAGACCCUACAGCCCAUUGAACACUAGAUAAUUUAUACAGGAGUGAAACUUGAUAAAUAUUUAAUAUUUAUUUUGGAAUUCAGAUUGUAUUUACAUAUCAGGGAAUCACACCAAGGUGAGAUCUGUCGAAGUGAUGAAUGUGGGGAAAAUCUAUUGUCUUGGAAAUUGUUAUACUAAAAGCCAUAUUUCUGAUGUAAAUUCACAUGUUUAUAGGGAAGACACCAGAAGCUGUCAGCUCUGAAUAAACCAUUGUAUAAAAUCAUCAGGAGUUUAUAAGAACAGUACAUAUAUGGUAGUUUCUAUCAUGUUUUUAAAAUGUUCUGUCAGUAAUUCUAUGCAAAUUUGGAUUUGAAUUUUUUGGGAAAAGGCAGUAUUCUAAUUUGAGUAUCAAGGUGGCAAAACGUACUAACACGGGAUUAUAUUGUUGGUGAGACGUUUGAUAGGUACCAGAUAGUUAAAUACAUAAUUUUUCUAUUUGUUUGGAGGUAUUUACAAAUGGGUUUUUCAUGAAUGCCCCAUCAAUAAAGUGUAAGCCCAUAGUUUUUUAUAACGUUUUCAACUACGUUUGAGCAAAAGAGCUUUUAAAAUACUAUUUUCAUAACCUAUGCAUAGAUGAUUUGGAGUUAAGUCUACGUCAGUGGAAGAGGGCUCUGCACUGUUUAGUCUGUAAAAUACGCGUCUCCUGCCACUCUGCUGGUCUGACCCACGGGUUUGAGUGAAGUGUGUGCUGAUAUUCCGUAAUUCAGAAAUUUCAUCUCUACGUUCAUGUGACAUGAAUACUCUGCCAUUCUUUUGUGCACUGCCCCUUGUUCCCAGUAUUUCAGAGCAAAUACAAGUUGCUGUCAGACAGCUUUAGUUGAUGAACUCAGUGUCCUUUUUCCCCUUGCUCCUUGCUGAAGGAGUUUAGGUGUCCACCGUUUCUUCACAUGACACAAAGUGUGAAUCCCGAUUCGCCUAAACUGGUCACAAGAACUCUAUUCUGACAGCCAGUAACUUGUUUAUAGUGGUCACAUGACCCAGUUCUGGCGAACAAAACAGGUGGGUGGUGUGAAAAGGGAUAAAACGAUCAAAUGGGUCUUACUACUUCAGGAACACAGGGCUCAUUUAAUAAUCAAAAAUUAAUUCCUGGACUAUAUCACACGGUAAGAAGUAAUAUAGGAUGCAGAAAAGUCAUGUGGUAAAGUCAUCCAUUUAUGUUCUCCAUAAACUAUGGAUUUGAAAGGAACUUCCUUACUUGGAUGAAAAAUAUCUAAAACUACAAUCAGUAGCAUGCCUAGUGCUGAAAUAUUAACAGUUUUCUCCCAAGAUGAAAAAAAAAAAGACAAAGUGAUCUACUGUCACUAAUUGUACUCAGUAUUCUGCAGAAGGACCUAGCUAGGAGAGUCAGGGAAGAAAAAUAAAGAGCAUAAGGACUAGAAAGAAUUAACGCUUUUAUUUGCAGCUGACGUAAUUCUGUACAUAGAAAAUUCUGAGGAAACACAGAUCAUUAUAAUUAAUGAGUAAGUUUAGCAAGUCCCUGCAUACAAAGUCAUUAUGCAAAAAGUUUUUUAAUAUACCAGCAGUGAACAUAAAAAAUGAAAAACUUAGUAGCAAUAUCACUUAACAAUAGCAUCAAAAAUCCUCAAGUGCCUAGAGGGAAAAUUAUCCAACACCAUAUUUUUAAAACCUGUAUCCAGGGGAAAAAAAUGUGACAAAACUUGAGAGAGACCUAUUUAAUUAAUGGGUUCCAGGACAGUCUAAAAAGAUCUCAAUUUUCCCCAAAUUAAUUCAUAUAUUCAAUGCAAUCUUAAAAGUCCUAGUAAAUUUUUUAAUCAAAAGUAAACUAAUUAUAAAAUUCAAAUGAAGAUUCAGAAGACCAAUGAUAGUCAAGGCUAUCUUCUGAAAUAGACCGGAAGAUCUUACAUUGCCUGAUAUCAAGGAAGACUUGUCAUAAAGCCAUGGAGAUUAUAAUUGUGUGGUAUUGGCACAUACAUAAACAAAUCGACCAUUGGGCCAAUAAAGCUUCCAGAAACAGCCAUACAGUCACUUGGUUUUUGAUGAAGAUAAUCCAGUGUAAUGGGAGAGAUGUUCUAAUAAAUGUGUGGCAAUUACAUUUAAUAAUUUAAUAGAAAAUAGAAAUGUGGGUUGAGGUGGAUUGCAGAUCUAAAUAUGAAAUGUAAAAUAAUAAAGCUUUAAGAAGAAAACUUAGUAGACUGUAUGUAACCUUACAACAAGCAAAAUUUUUCUAAAGAUUCAAAGUCACUAGGGGUACCUGGUGGCUCGUUGGUUAAGCAUCUGAC